AUGGCGGCCUCAGUGAACGACAGAGAUAAUGGUAAUCCAGAAAUAUUCAACAUUGAUGCUAUGCCAUCUCCUACUUCAAAUAAGAAAUUAGGCCAGCUACCAGAUGACGUAAUUAAGCAGUUUUUUAUCAACGGGUAUGUCAUCGUAGAAAAUUUUUUCAAGCCAGAGGAACUGGAUCCAUGUAAAACUGCAAUAAAUGAUAUGUUGGAUGAAAUGGCACAACAGUUUUUAGCGAAAGGCAAAAUUAAAGAACUGUACAAAGAAUAUGGUUUUUACGAAAGGCUUUCCAUGAUUGAGCGUGACUUCCCAGGGGCAAAUAUAGUGUUACAUAAGCUUGGCAAACUUCCACAGGCUUUUAAAGACUUAUGGACAAAUGAACGCCUUUUGAACGUGGUUGAACAGUUAAUUGGUCCAGAUAUUGCUGGACAUCCGGUUUGGAAUCUUCGAACGAAGACUCCUCAGAACGAAGCAACUACUGUGCCGUGGCAUCAAGAUUCCGCCUAUCUGGAUAAUGACUCCUACAAGGUGUUACAACCAACAGCCUGGAUACCUCUUAUAGACGCUACAGAGCAAAAUGGAUGUAUGCAGGUGGCUCAUCGUGGUCACAAAACCGGAAAGGUUGCUACUCACCAGUGUUGCUAUGGAGGCACAUGGUAUGUUAUGCUUGAGGAGGACGAAAUGGCGAAAUCAUUAGAUGUAAACAUCGAGUCUGAUAUCAAGACGUGUCCUAUUCCAUACGGUGGCAUGCUACUAUUAAACAACAUGAUACCUCAUAGAAGCUUGCCAAAUCUUUCUAAGCAAAUUCGAUGGAGUUUGGACCUGCGCUGGCAAAAACCUUCGCUUCCGUUUGGAUUUUACAACAUGAAGGAAGGCAUUUUAAUGCGAACAUCUAAAGAUCCUAACUACAAAGCCAACUGGGAUGCAUUUGAAGGUGUCGAUCGCCAUGAUAAACAGAGGGAAUCGGUCAAGGACAUUCUUGAGCCGUCCAGUGAUCCUGAUUACGAUACCACAAUACAAGGACCAUGGAUGAAGAAAUGGGAAAUUGUUCACAUGAAUCAACAUACUGCUAAAUUAUCUGACGAGACUCUGAGCACUUGGCAUGGCCACAAAGCAUAACAAACACCAUAUAGUUUCAAAUUAAUGUUCAGUACACUAUAGGCCAAAUUUUUAAAAUCGAUCCUGAAUGAUGAUAUUGAAAAUGAUAAAUUUUGUGAUUUAAAGGUGCAUACGCUGGUUAAUAACAAUUAUUAUUAUCAUUAUUUUAAUUCAUCCUGAAUGAUAAUAUCUAAGAUAAUACAUUUUGUAAUGUAAAGGUGCUUGGGCUGAUUUUGUUUAAUGUUUUGUAUGUACCUGUACCUAUUAUUGAGAAAGUAUUAAAAAUUCGUGAAAUCAA